AUGAAAUCUCUGACGGCGGGUCAACGGCCAAUCAGAUCACGUUUCCCCUUAUCGCCGAAAACGUCGGCCCGCGGCGACGCCGCGCCACGAACGUCUCCGCGCUCCGCCACCCGGUUUUUCUUUGUCCGUUCGCAUUCGUUCUUCGCGUCUAAACGUCGCGACGAGAUUUCCGUCACCGGACGGUCUUUGGAUACAGUUCUCACAGUAAAACACACCGGCGUGUUGCACGGAUUCACGAAUUUUCGCCGCCAAGAAAAGGUCCGUGUACCUGGGCACGAUUCACGAUGGCGCCUCGAACGGAUCAAUGAAGCGAGCCCCGAUCCGGUCCGCUGGACGUCCUCGGCGGAACGAUGGUAA